AUGGAAGAAGCAAAUCAGUCUGUGGUGUCUGAAUUUAUUUUUAGUGGACUUUGUAAUUCAAGGGAGCUCCAAAGCUUCUUUUUACUGCCUUUUUCUACGCUCUACCUGAUGACUGUUGUCGGCAACCUCCUCGUUGUGUUCUUGAUCAUCUCUGACUCUCAUCUCCAUUCCCCGAUGUAUUUCCUCUUGGCCAAUCUCUCAUUUGUUGACUUCUGCCUUUCCUCAGUCACCACCCCUAAACUAACCACAGACUUCCUAAAGGAUAACAAGACCAUCUCCUUUGGAGGCUGCAUGAGCCAGAUUCUAUGUGUGCAUUUUUUUGUAGGUGGUGAGAUGGUACUACUUGUGACAAUGGCCUAUGACCGUUAUGUGGCCAUCUGCAAACCACUCCAUUACUCCAGCAUCAUGGACAGACAAAAGUGCCUCUGGCUAGUUUUGAUAUCAUGGAUCAUUGGCUUUGUGCAUGCCAUGAGUCAAAUGGCAAUGAUUCUGGAACUGCCAUUCUGUGGACCCAGAGUAGUGGACAGCUUUUUCUGUGAUAUCCCUUUGGUAAUCAAACUAGCCUGCAUGGAUACACAUACUCUGGGAACAUUGAUAAAUGCUGACAGUGGGGUCUUGGCAACAACCUGCUUCAUUCUUUUGCUGAUCUCUUACACCUAUAUUCUAUUAACUGUUCAUCUUCACACUAAGGAUGGGGCAUCAAAGGCACUCUCUACCUGUACUUCCCACAUCAUAGUGGUGGUGUUGUUCUUUGGACCCUGUAUCUUCAUCUAUCUGUGUCCAUUCAGCAUUGCUUGGGUGGACAAAUUUCUUGGUGUGUUUUACACAGCAAUCACGCCUCUCCUGAAUCCAGCCAUUUACACACUUAGAAAUAAAGAGAUUAAAAAUGCAAUAAAGAGACUGAGAAGUCACCAUAUGGAUUCGAGGGAUAAUUUUUAGAUCUCUCAUGUAAUCAGAAAAUCCUUUUUAUUCACCCUAAUUUGGCCAUGCUUUGAUCUCUAGUGAAUUAUAAAAAAUGCCCUGUGUAUGUUUGUAAACUAUGAGCAUUCCCAGACAUAUGGUUUGUGUUUAAAAACUAUUUAUUUACUCCAACCUUAAGUUAACUAGAGACAGUUCUAAAGAUAUUUGAGUGAUCAGCAUUCACUUAGAAAAAAAGAUAAAUGGCUCUAACAAUAGUACUACUG